CUCGAUCCUCCACUACGCCAGGCAGUCACUCGUUUCAUCACUAGCUGAGUUUACCUGUCUUCUGUGUCUUCUGUUGUGUUAGUGUGUUUGGUGAUACCGAAGAUGAAGACCAUGACAUUAUUUUUCCUACUGCUGACAUGCGUCGGAGCCUCUGCCAUGAGUACUAGACUUUCUUAUUUCGAAGCUCUCCGAAAAAACUGCACUACCAUGGAGUGCAUGCGGCGGGUGGGCGUGUGUCACAGUUUCGUGUUCAAAAACCUCGCGUUCAGUGCGAAGUACCAUCCUCUCGCUGCCAAGUGUUCAGCGACCUACACUGACCCUGCGCUGGUUGAUUUCUGCGCCCAUGUUGCUGUCGGCGAUUACAAGGCCAACGGUACAAUGCGAACGGAAGUGCUGAAGAGUCACAUCGAGAAGUACUUCUGUAAUGAAUACAAUCUUUUGGGAGAUAUCUUGGCUCGUUUCCAAGUUUGUGAUUCCGGUCUGCAGGCUGAGAUGUACCUGGACUGUAUUUUGGAAGGCUGCGUGUCCACAUAAAAACCCAGCUGCAGGAAGACACUUCAGCGCGUCAGAACAGAAAAUGUGUGAUUAUCUUCAGUAGAUAAAAUGUUAAAACGCGCGCCCGAACACACACAUACAUGCGCGCGCGCGCACACACACACACACACACACACACACACACACACACACACA